GACCGUCUUCGUCAUCAUGACCAUCAUCAUCAUCAUCUCUCUACUGGCCUCUCUGCUGCCACACCUGACCUUCACUGCUCAUGUGAAUGUGGGUAUAGUGAACGGCACAGAAGCCAAACCCCACUCCAGACCUUACAUGGUUUCUAUUCAGGUGAAGCGUCAACAUAUCUGCGAUGGAUUCCUCAUUUCUGAUGAGUUUGUCUUGACUGCUGGACAUUGCCGGAAGAAAACAGAAGAGCUGACAGUCGUGGUUGGUGCACAUGAUCUACGAGACAUGAAUGAAGGACAUGUCCGCAUUAAAGUGGAGUCCUAUCACAAACAUCUGAAUUAUAAGGAAAACCCUUAUCGGAAUGACAUCAUGCUUUUGAGGUUAGAGAAAAACGUCAAAAACAACAAAAAUGUCGAAUGGAUUUCUAUACCAAAGACAGAAGGAGAUAUCGCAGCAGAUUCUGUUUGCAGUGUUGCAGGCUGGGGAAGUUUAGUAACUAAUGGCACUGCAAGCCCAGUCCUCAUUGAAACAAAUGUGAAGAUCAUGAAUAACGCAAAAUGUGAAAAUGUUUGGAAACUGACGUACUCAGCUGCACAGAUGAUGUGUGUAUAUGGCAAUGGAGGAAGCUGUGAUGGGGAUUCAGGAGGUCCUUUGGUUUGUGGAGACACUGCAGUUGGUGUCACAUCUUUCGGUGACUCUUAUCACUGUAAUUCACCUGAACUACCUGAAGUUUAUACAAAGAUUUCAGCAUAUCUUCCGUGGAUCAAAAACAUAAUUAGAAAUAAUUGACUUUAAUGAAAAAAAAAAGAUGUUUAGUGCUAGCACUAAAACUAAAAUUUUGCUUUUGGUGUACUGUGGAGUGGGUAAAACUGUUUUUAAUGACAUGCUAAAAGAUACCGUUGACUCACGCUAGCCUAGCACCAGGGAACUAUGCAACUGGGACGACUGGAUAAACAUUUUUGAUUAUUAAUUAUUAACUCUAUAAUUAAUAUAUAGAGUUAUAAUCAAUUAUAAUCAAUUAAAAUUGUAAUCCUUAUAAUCAAUAAUCAAAAAUCACCCCAUCUCACAGGCAAUUAAUCCAAUUAAAGGAGUGGUUCGGCAUUUUGGACGGGGCCGACGUCCAAAAUGCCAAACCACUCCUUUAAUUGGAUUAAUUGCCUGUGAAAUGGGGUGAUUUUGCUUUUUGAAGUUAAUUUGCCCUCACAACUUCUUUCAAUAAACAUAAUAUCCAUUGCAAUAUA